AUGGCCCCAAGAUCUGACAUCAUUGAAAACAAUGACGAAAAAAAUACACUAAAACUGGCGAUAAGCCAGACCAAAAAAAGAACUACCAACUCUUUGGUGACGACACUAAAGAGGGAUUCCCCUGAGGAAAGUCACUCAGAAGACAACACCCCCGAGGAAAAAACCUCGGAGGGAGACCCACUGAAGGAGGACCCUUUGGAAGAAACCACCCCGGAGUCUCCAGAAGAAGACGAGCUCUGGGUGGAGUUUAUACUUGGCUGGCUAGUGGCCACAAUCCACCCUCUCCCCAGUAGAAAUACUGGGCUGCAUCACGCACGAUUGGCCGACAAGGCCAAUCAGCCCUCCUCGUACUUGAAGGAGGACCAAGAAUUGGCAGAUAAGAUCAAGUAG